CACUGGGCCCGCGUGGUGGGUCAUGGCCCAAAAACUCCCUAUUCUAUCCUUAGGGAAGGCCUUUGCCCCAGCAGUGGGGAUAUUAAUAGGUUGAUGAUGACGAAUCAAAUCAAAAGGCUGAUGAUGAUGAUGAUUAAAAUAACCUACAUUCUUAAUGACGGAAAACGCAACUCCACAUGCAAUUUAAAAAUGAAAACCGUAUUCAAAGAAAAACAGAAGAUUCAUGUAGAAAAGUCAAAGAACAGGAGAAAUUUCACAAAAACAGGAGAUCCCCUGUGUGGCGGCGACAUCUACACGCCCCACAUGAAACUAACAUAGAGAAAACAAUCUUACGCCUCCUCAAGAGAUGGCACUACCGGCGCUGCGUUCACAACGUAAGGAAGCCUACAUCGCGCAAGUAAAAUUCGGUAGCCAACAGUUCAUAUAUACGAUGUUCGACCAACAUCAAUCGGGCCGCGGCCCCCGAGCUAACAUCACCCAGCUCGGACGAAGAUCUUCCCCUUUGGCCUUCCUACACCCUGUAAAAUCGAGAGACCUGGCAACUUCAUUACGAUAAAACUAAAGUCAAAUUUCGAACGCUAAUUUCGAGCGCAUUUAGUACCAAGCUUCGUGUAGGAGUGGGAGAAGCAUAAGAGAUACUAGAAGAAAUUUGACACGUUUAUUAACGUAUCGGCAGCCAAGCGGUAGCUAAAUUUGCCAAGAUUGCGAAGACUGAUCUGGUCUGGAUCAGUCUUCGGACUUCUUCUUCUGCCUAGAAAAUGUGUAGUCCACAUCCCAAAACUGCAUGAACGUAUUGCCUAAACUUUUCUCUCCAAGUGCCAUAUGUAGCGUCAGCGUGCCAAAGUUAUAAAGUUACCUAAUCAUUCUAAGUAUAAUCAGUUGUUUAACACUAUAAAAUAAACAUAUGUACGUAAUGUUAACUGUUGUUAUGAAUUAAACGCAGACUUUAAUGGGCUCAAAGAUAACAUUGCCCUAUAUGACUUUUACGAGGACAAAUAACCAGUCGACAUUGAUAUGGAUUCUAAAACUGUGCUGAUACUAUCUAUGAAUACCUCCAUGCUGUUAGCUUGAGAGUAUUAAAGAAUAGAAGGUAUGAAAAUAACAAAAAGGUUGUCAUUACUCGUUCCGUAAGCCGUAAUGAUUAUGAAAAAAGAUGAUUCUUAAGCUAAGGUCACAUAUUCUGGACAUUUCACGAUGACAUUCUUGCUACACUCAUUACUGCUAAUAUCUGAUUGAAGUCAUAUUGUGAUUAAACGCUACUUAUUCCUCCUCCUUGUGUCCUGCUCCUCAUUGCUGAGGGUCGUGACCGCCACGAAUUAUUUUGUGGACAAACGCUUUCCACUUGUUGCGGUCUUCGGCAGUGCGGAGUGCAUCGCGGACUCCAGUUUUGGUGUUGUCGUGGAUUUAGUCUGUCCAGCGCAUACGGCUUCUUCCUCUUGGUCGCCUUCCCUGUACUUUUCCUGUCAUCAGGAGCACUUCCAGGGUAUCGUUUUUCUUCCUCGCUAUGUGACCGAAGAAUUCGAGGAUCCUACGCAAAAAGACUGUGGAAAGCCUAACGGUGACUCCCAACUUUUUAAGAUUUGACGCAUUUGUGCGGUGGCCUGUCCACGGAACUCGUAACAUUCUCCUCCAGCACCACAUCACAAAUGCGUUAAUACAAGAUCUGGAUCUGCCUGCGUUCUUGAGGGUCUACGAUUCCAUACCGUAGAUGAAUAUGGAUAACGAUGGAGUUCUCCCGCUACCCAUUACAUGGCGGCAAAUAAAACAUUUGAUUGAUUAUCUUAAGUUAUUUUUUUAAAACUGUUUAUUGCCUUGUACAAUACAAUAUUCCAUAACAUCAAACUAUAUCAAUUUACAGCUUUUCUACAUAAAUUAAAGCAUCUGACACCCUUUAGCCGACUGAAAAAUAACCCCGCAAGUUAACCGACAACACAGCGACACUUAUUAGUAAAGUUUGGGUACACACAUCGCAAAACCCUGAAUCUUCGGGUAAACGGGAUGAGUGUAGACUAGGCAUUAUAGCCUUUUGGUGGUGUCGUUUGUGUCGAUAAGUCAGGUUCCAGGGUUCCACAGGGUAGAGGAUAGGCAACGGAGCGAGUGAUCCUAUUUGGGCCAAGCACGAAUUUUUACAGGUCCGUAAUCGUAUCGGAUUCGUCAAAUUUCCUAAGGAUUCUUCUCAUCUCUCUUCUCUUCUAUCUUAUCAGUUUAUUCUUACGUCCGGCAGGAGCGCUGUUUAGUUUCCAUAGAAACAUUGACGCUGCGAUACGAUUACGGAUCUGAUAGUUUAUGGUGUUUGUUAUGCAUCUUCGCCACCCAUUUUACAUAUAAAUAGUAUGCAAACUAACAUUAAAUCUUUAAAAUUUGCAGUGAAUGAAGAGAAGCCAGCCCCUAACGACGUGGAGGCAGGUGCAUCCAAUAACGCAGAAGAUCAGAGUCAAGAUGAGCAAAAGUGUGAGAACGGAAAUCGGAGGAUACUCCAGAGGAUUGAGACUGUCCCCGAUAUCAAAAAGGACACCUCGGGAAUCACAACCCAGUACAUCGCGACGGGGAUAGUGAAUCUUGGAGCAUUUGCUGCAGGCGCCUGCAUCGCCUGGUCAUCGUCAGCACUUCCUCUAUUACACCACACGGACCCGGUGUUCAGUCAUGCCCCAUCGAACUUAUCAGCGAUAUCAAACAGCACCCAUUCCAGGCUAUCACUGUCUGACUCCGAAGCGUCGUGGACGGCGUCGCUGUUGUGCUUCGGCGCAGUCUGCGGCGCCAUACCGACUGGUCUCAUCUCACAGUACUUCGGACGUAAGAAGACGUUGCUGUACCUGGCUCUGCCGCUGGUUGUGUCUUGGCUGAUGGUCGCUUCCAGUCCCAACGUCUAUGGUCUGUACGUGGGGCGUUUCGUGGGCGGCCUCUCAGUGGGGGCGUUCAGUGUUGGGGUCCCACCUUACGUGGAGGACAUUGCGGAGAAGCAACUUUUGGCAACGCUAGCCAACUUCUACCACGUGCAUCUGGCUUGCGGAGUGCUUUUCGGCUAUGUCGUUGGUAUGCUAUCGAGUACAGCUUGGAUCUCAUUCUUAUGUGCCACCAUACCCGUCGCCUAUUUCAUCGCAUUUAUCUUCCUUCCCGAAUCACCGGCCUAUCUCAUGUCCCAAGGGAAGUACAAUGAGGCGAAAGCAGCCCUACGUUACUUCCGCGGCAUCGACAACAACAUAGACUCCGAAAUCAAGGACUUGAAAGAGCAAAUGCGAAACUAUACCAAACAAAAAAUCUCCUUCGGUCAACUCCUCAGCACUAAAGCGACCGUGAAAGCACUAAUUGUCUCUUUCGGACUAAUGAUCUUCCAGCAAAUGAGCGGUAUAUACCCCGUAUUGUUUUUCGCACAGUACAUUUUCGACAUGUUCUGCGUCUCGCAGAAUUUACCGGGCGCCGCCAUCAUCCUAGGUUUCUGCUUCGUAUCAUCUACUUACUUCUCGACGAUGCUUCUAAAAACUAUAAGACGCCGAGUACUUCUCAUGCUGUCUUUCUCGACUAUGGCUGUUAGUUUAGGAUGUUCCGUUAUAUAUUACCAUUUGCAAGCAUCAACACAGUAUGAGAACGGGACUUGGAUACCUCUGUUUACGAUGUCAAUGUUUGUAAGCGUUUACGCUGCAGGUGUUGGCCCGAUACCUUGGUUGAUGUUGAGAGAGAUCUUUCCAAAACACGCCACGAGGCGAGCUACAGCGAUUGCGGCGGGAUUCCAUUGGAUGCUAGCCUUCGCAGUGACGAAGAUGUUUCAACACUUGGUCAAGAAGAUCGGACUUGGCUGGGCACUUUGGUAUUUCGCCUCGAUCUGCAUCAUUGGUCUAAUAUUUGUCUACUUCUUCGUGCCUGAGACAAAAGGGCGCAGUUUGGAAGAGAUCCAGAAUGAAUUCGAUGGAAUCCACAAGAAGAGGAAACACAGGCACGUGAUCGAGGUGGAGAGUGUUUCCGAAACAUGAUUUUCCGAUGCGAAGUUUUAUUUAAUGCGAUUUGAAUCAAAAUACGAAAAAAUUAUCAGUAUUUUGGCCGAGUUAAUAUAAAAUAAAAAAAUGUGUGCGUGUACUAGUGUACACACGUAAGAAGUGAAACUUCUUUAUGGCCUUAUUUUUCGAAAAAUGAUCUACAUGCUACUUUCCAGAAAUUGGUUAAAUAAAGUUAAAUUAGAUAAAGUAAAG